UUUUCUUCUCUUAAGGCUUGCCAAAAUCUCUUCACACCUCCUAUAUAUAUAUAUAUAUAUAUAGCUGCAAAAACCUCAUAUCUCACUUCAACACAUAUCUCUUCAUCUACGCAACUACAAGCGACUCAUUCUAAACCACCACUUUUGAUUGUUCUACUUCACACUUUCGUGCACACACAAUGGGAUGUUUAGGAAUAAUAUGUUGUGUUCCAAAGUGCAUCUUCAAGAUUAUUUUUGUAUUCUCAUCGCCUUGGGUUUAGCAGUUCUUAAUGUUUGGUUAAUCCUUCGCCCGAUAAAUCACUUGAACUUCAACGUCACAGAUGCUUCACUUACUCAGUUCAAUCUCACAGAUACGGACGUACUUCAUUACAAUCUUGCAGUGGACUUAACUUUAAGAAACCCCAACAACAACAUUGGUGCUCACUAUUAUCAGAUUGAGGCUAGAGCGUUUUACGACGGUCGGAGAUUUGCUUCUGUUACGUUGACACCGUUCUAUCAAGGCCAUAAGAAUACGACUAUUCUUCGUCCAGUUUUCAAAGGGCAAAAGCUUUUGCCCUCUAUGGGGAGACAAUUUUCUGUGCAAGGUGAAUAUAAUGAAGAUAAGGCAGAUGGGAAGAUCAAUAUUGAAGUUAAAAUCUACCUUACGAUGAGGUUCAAAGCUGGUGCUGUUACAACUUUUAAGGUCAAGCCUAGAGUUAAGUGCGAGUUUGAAGUUCCUCUGGCGGGUUCUAGUCCUGCAAAUGGCUUUACUCCUGAGAAGUGCAAAUUUGGUUAUUGAUUAUGUACCGUGGACGAUAUACUCUCCAUUCUUUUCAUUCUUUUUGUAUCACUGGUUGAUGAUUUGGUUCUGUAUAUUUCAAUUAUUUUUUUAACA